AUGAAUCUAAGCGUCUUCCUAUCAGUUGUGGCCUGUGCAUGCCACUUCGCCUGCGCUCAGCCCAUCUGCCGCGACCUACAGGCUCCGUUCGAGUAUUCCAAGGCCUCCUACUGUCCCGAGUACGGAGGAUUCGGCUGCUGUGGCAAGAGGGGCGAGAGACAGGCCAGCAAAUUGGCGGCCGACGCUCAAAUCCGACUUGGAACUACCGAAGAAAGAGAGAUUUGCAGCGAAUAUACCAGAAAUGUGAGUUGUCUGAUGUGCUCCCCGCACGCAGGCCGCAUCUUCCGCAGCGACACCGCCCCGGAGAACGAAGAAAUCCCGCUGUGCCGCGACUACUGCGUGGAAACGUACAUCAAAUGCCGAUUUUCGCUGCUGCGGAUGUUCAAGCUGCACCCAUGGAGGCAAGGACUGGUGUCCAAGUUCCCUAAUAGCAACGAGGUUUUGGAGCGUGAUGCAGCGGCUUUCUGUGAGCGAUACGCGUCCGACCCUCCAUAUUGCUACCCAGACGUGACGAGUUUAGAGGGUCAGUUCGUCGCUCCCCCACCACCGCCGCCCGAACAAACUGGCUGCGUGUGCCUCGUCCCAGUUGCCUCUGGACUGCGGCAACCGCUCACAAUAGUCGGUGCUGGAGAUGGCUCCGACAGACUAUUCGUCGUAGAGAUGACGGGUACUGUAAGAAUACUCGAGGAGCGAAGAGCGCUGCCCAACGGCCCUAAGGUCAGCGUCCUUCACGAGGAGCCGUUUCUGAACAUAACGUCCUUGUUGAUGGCUCAUAAGGGAGACGACGGGCUCCUAAACAUUGUCUUCCACCCUCAGUUCCGCCAGAACGGCCGUCUGUUCAUCUACUACACCUACAGACUAGUGAAAGAUUUCAACAACACAACUGCAGAUCUAUUCUCAAUGAAUAUAACCGAGUUUCGCAUCGCAAGAGACAACCCAAAUAAAGUCGACUAUGAUUCCGAGCGACCGAUAUUUUCCGUGCUGUACCUGAGUCUAGCUGAAAACAUCCCAGAACUGACGGGCGGAGGAUUUUUCUUCAAAGACGGAUACCUUUAUUUGGGGAUAGGGGAAAGAGAAGUAAUCGAAGGAGACGGCGUGUUGUCAAGAAAUCUGUCAAGUUAUCGUGGAAAAAUUCUCUGGUUUGAUGUGGACAAUCCUGAAGAGGGAAGAGGGUAUGCAGUUCCUCCAGAUAACCCCUACAUCGAUGACCCCUCAGCCCUACCCGAGAUCUACGCUUCUGGGAUUCGAAUGCCCUGGAGAUGUUCGGCUGACCUCGGUGACCCAGAGACAGGAGACGGUGCCGGGAGAGUGUUUUGCCCUGAUGUGGGGUCGAAGAUUGCCGAAGAAGUGAAUAUCGUAGAGAAAGGAGACCGGCCAAACACCAUGUUCCCAAUUGAUGCCUAUGAGUAUGGGAGUGAAGGGAUCGCAGUUAUUGGGGGCCACGUGUAUCGCGGAUGUCUCCACCCAAACCUCAAUGGAGUCUAUAUCUAUGGGGAUUUCACAGGUGGUUUGCUGGCUCUGAGAGAGAACAAGACAUCGGGAGAAUGGCAGCGACAGAAGCUGUGUGUCGGGGACAGUCAGGUGUGUCCUGGUGCCAGCACACCACCGCCGUUUGUGCUGGCGUUUGGACAGGACGAUGGAGGAGAGGUGUACCUACUGGGAACGUCUAUACCUUCUUAUGCCCCUGGUGUUCCAGCUACUGGAGUUAUCUACCAGAUCACUGACCCGGCCAGGAGGAAUGAUCCUCGGAAAUGUUGGAGAAGUUGGAAGUUCACUCCAACAGCAAGCAGUAUAUAGGAAAUGACAAGAAAUGACUAUGAUAGCAUAGCACCCGCCUUUGGGCGCAAUAAUUUAAGUUGACUUUAGGUAGGUGCAUGCGUCUUUGACAGUUAACU